GUGUGUGUGUGUGUGUGUGUGUGUGCCCCUCUUCCUCUGUAAGUCUAACAAAUCUUUAAAAUAAUUCUUCUAAAACUAUACUCAUGAAACUAUGACUCAUGAAACGUCAUAUCCAAUAUUGUGACUCAGUCUUUCUCUUUUCCACAGCGUACACAGCAGUCUGACAGCAGCACCUCUAUUGACCCUUAUCCAGAGAACUCCAAUGAGUGUGACAUGUGCUGCCAAGGGGGGAUGAUUUACUGCUGCGAUACCUGUUCAAGAUCCUACCACCAGGACUGCCACAUCUCACAUAUAGACCCUGAGAGCAACCCAUGGAGUUGCCUCAACUGCAAGACCAAAGACAUGUGGCAGAGUUGUGGGAAGAAACAGCCACUUCAUCAGGAAUCAGAGGUGCUGCAGAUGCAGAUGCAGCCUGAGCAGCAGCUGAGAUGCGAGUAUCUCCUCCUGAAGGUAUACCAGUGCUCAGAAAGUACCGCUUUUGCCUCGAAACCGCAUUAUGGCACCCAGCCAUGCCAGGGCACACAGGGGCCCGUGUUAGACGAGAUCAAGAAGAAGCUGCGCAGUCAGGUGUACUCGCACGUGGGGGGCUUCGUGCAGGACAUGCGCCUCAUCUUUCAGAACCUCAAGGCGUUUUGCAGCGAUGGAGUGUUCCUGAGUGAACUCGAGGCCAAGUUUGAGAAGAACUUCCAACAUAUUUUUGCAGUUCAGGAAACCGGGCAGAGCAUGUCUUAGUUGGAGCCCACCACUUGUCAACAUUUCUUAGCCAUCCCUGACCACCUAUUUCUCUAAACUAAAUUUAGACUUGUCCAAGUGUUCGGAUUGAACCACUUGGAGAGAAAGUUGCUGUGGAAGAAGGGCACCUUUCUCCACAGAGCGUUGGCCUGCUCAUGGCCUCCAUGCAUUCAGAUGCUUCAUCAGAUCCUUCAGCAACGUCGUCUCUUCCCACACAGGACUGACAUUCUUCUUCACCCCGAAGUAUUUUAUGUUUCGGUUGUUACUGUCAACGGUACCACUCUCCCUGUGCUUUGUUACUGUCGACUGUUACAGAAAGCUCCUGAGAUCUGUGCAUUCACUCACACACAUGCAGAUGUAAGUGCAGAGAUCACUCCCUUACUGAAUGCUGGGCAGUACUGGCGAUUGUUUUCUGUUUUGUUUUGUUUUGUGCCUGGUACCCAAAAGCAUCAGGAAGACUUGGUGGAUACAUGACAUUUCCGUGGAACCGCGAUUGACUCCACUGAUGGAAGCAUUCACUACCUGGGCUCUGAAAGCUCUGACGAGCCUUGGCUCUGCUGGAGGGUGGCUCUGCCUAGAUGGUUAGGGUCAGCCACUCCAGGUGGCCUCCUGAUGCCACCAGAAAGCCCACAGGGAACAUCCGAGACCAUGGAUGCGGCGUAUUCUCUUAGAACAUACUUUUUCUUAUGAGUGAGUGUACAUUCAGCAAUGACAAUAAAAAUAAAGAACAGUGAAACAUAAA